AUGUUAGCCGUGGUGAAAACAUUAACUGGUUAUGGUAAUCUGGAAGGUCAAUUCAACUCCCCAAAAACAACCAGCCCCGAAUUGCGUGAGCUGCUGACCCGGAGCGAGUAUGUCAUCCUCAAGUCCCUGUGCUAUGGAAUAAUUGGAAGAGAAAUCCACAAGGCAGUCAGUGGAGUUUCGAACACCAAAACUGAGUUUGUACAGCCACCUCAUUCUCGGAGAGGUGAAAUUAAUGAAAGGGUUUUUAGCGGUGUAGGAGGAAUUAAAGGGUGUUGGGGAGUGAAAUUUGGGAAAGAAAAAGGGAUAGGAAAGGGGGAAGAGAGUGGAAAAUCCGGUCCAUAA